UGGCAAUGUGUGUGGACUGUAAGGAUGGAAGCUUCACUAGUCUUCAUCGCCCCCCUCAUUCAUUGUACCUCUGUCUCACUCUCCUCUCCAGCCUCCAGAUUAUCUCUGUCGUUUACGCUCUCCUCACUUCAAGGCUAAGCAUAAAUCAACAUUAUGUUUUUUCUUCUUAUAAACACAGCUGAGCCUAACUUUUCCUUUAAUUUAGAGUACUUGAUACUAGGAGAAGUAUAUUUGGUUCCAAAUAUAUCAAGAGUUGUUUUAUCAAAAUAUAAGAUAAACUAGAUGAGAAAAAUGGAGAUAAAAAUGGGAGUGAGAGAAUUGCGGCCAUUGAUAAGCUUACUGUUGCCACUAUGUGUGCACUGGAUUGCUGAUGAAAUGACAGUGUCUGUUUUGGUGGAUGUUACUACUCGUGCUCUUUGCCCCGAUCAAACUACUUGCUCCGAGGCUAUUUAUCUAAAUGGCCUUCAACAGACUGUUGUUGGAAUUUUCAAGAUGGUGGUACUUCCACUCUUGGGCCAACUUUCUGAUGAGUAUGGACGGAAGCCUAUGCUCCUUAUUACUAUAUCCACCGCUAUCUUUCCUUUCGCCUUACUUGCCAUUAACCAAUCCAGAGAGUUUGUUUAUGCUUACUAUGUUCUUCGAACAAUCUCCCACAUUAUAAGCCAGGGGAGUAUCUUUUGCACUGCUGUUGCCUAUACAGCAGAUGUUAUUGAGGAUACUAAAAGAGCUGCGACAUUUAGUUGGAUCACUGGUCUAUUCUCAGCAUCACAUGUACUAGGAAAUGUGCUCGCUCGAUUUCUUCCUGAGAAAUACAUUUUUCAUAUAUCAAUUGCUCUUUUGACCUUUUGCCCUAUCUAUAUCCUAUUCUUUCUACCUGAGACUGUCAAGCAAAAACAAAAACAGGAGUUGCAAUCAUCGUUAUUAUCCAAGUUUCUCGCGUUCCCAAAGGCGCGAUACAAAUCCAUGAGAUAUGCUGCAAAUGUAGUUGUUAGCAGUCCAACACUUCGAGGGAUUUCUCUGGUUUCCUUCUUUUUCGAGUUGGGAAUGUCUGGCAUUAGCUAUGUCUUAUUGUAUUACUUGAAGGCAGCUUUUGGUUUUAAUAAGAAUCAAUUUUCUGAGAUACUAAUGGUUGUUGGAGUUGGUUCAAUUAUUUCUCAGAUAUGGAUGCUUCCUCUUAUCAAUCCGUUGGUUGGAGAGAAAGCGAUAUUAUGCGGAGCAUUACUUGCAUCAAUUGCAUAUGCAUUGUUUUACGGGUUUGCUUGGGCAUAUUGGGUACCGUACUUGAGUGCUUCAUUCGGAGUUAUAUAUGUGCUUGUAAAACCUUCUACUUAUGCUAUUAUUUCAAAAGGAUCAAGCUCUACAGACCAGGGUAAAGCCCAAGGUUUCGUAGCGGGAGUGCAAUCGAUUGCAAGUUUCUUAUCACCACUUGUUAUGAGUCCAUUAACAUCAUGGUUCUUGUCCGAAAAUGCUCCGUUCGAUUGCAAAGGUUUUAGCAUCAUUUGUUCAUCAUUAUCCUUGAUUGUUGCAUUGAUCAUUGCCUUGGGAUCCAGAUUUGAGUCAAAAUAUGAGGAUAAGCACCAAGACGACUUGGAUAAACUUGAAUCACCGCUUCUAUCAUGAGUCAUGGUAGAAUUCAUGAGGUUGUUUUUCUUAGUCUUAGGAAUCUCUUAUCUUCCUUCAACCUCAUUCCACCCUUUAUCCCCAACACAUUAUUUUUCCAAAUUUGGAGGUUUUUUAAUAGAAGUGUGAGAAUAUCCAUCGAGUUUGAAUUUGUUUCAAUGUGAUUGUAUGUACGUAGUUAUACAAACUCUGAUGUAAGCACAAUCGGAGGUAUGCUAGUAUUCAGUACAAUUUACAUAUAAGGAUUUCAUUUGAAAUUCUUGAAUUGAGUAAA